AUGUUUGAGCACCGGAUGGCUCGACUGCCUCUGGAUAAAAAGAGCAGCCGGGCCUUGAUAUUGAUUAUCAGUACAUUUACGUAUCUACUAUUUGGCGCCUACGUUUUUGAUAUAUUAGAAUCAGAAGCAGAUUAUGAGCAAAGAGAUGAAUUAAUUCACAUCAAGUAUCUAAUGCAUAAAAAAUAUAAUUUUAGCGGAAAAGAUAUGGAACUUUUUGAAACGAUCGUCAUCAAAUCGAUCCCACACAAAGCGGGGCGCCAAUGGAAAUUUGCCGGAGCUUUUUACUUUGCGGUGGUGGUGAUUACUACUGUAGGUUACGGUCAUUCAGCGCCGGAAACCACCGGAGGUCGAUUGUUUUGUAUGCUGUUUGCGUUGGCUGGGAUCCCACUCGGUUUGGUGAUGUUCCAAUCGAUUGGCGAGCGUAUCAACACACUAAUAGCAUUAUCGUUGCAUAAAGCAUAUUACUAUUGCGUAAUCACUUUAUCAACCAUCGGCUUCGGCGACUACGUACCACUCCAAAAAGAGGGCAUUCUACAGAAGAAUCCUGCUUACGUGGCGUUUACAUUGUUGUUUGUACUCACUGGACUUGCCGUGUUUUCGGCUUGCGUGAAUUUGCUGGUUUUACGCUUCAUGGCAUCAAAUACCGAUGCCGUCUCUGCUGCGGCGAGAGAACCCCCAAAAACCGUCGUCUUCGAGCAGUUCACUAACUCUCGCACUGGCCUGAAUCGCACCUGGGACCCACAGCGGAAGACGUCGGCUUAUUCAUCGACUUUUAGGUAUGAUGCGAUUUGCACGGUGGAUGUGGACCCGGAGAGCCCGAAUUACUGCCAAGUAAUUUCAAAACUCGAUAUGCCGUACAAGGACGAUGAAGUCCAUCACACUACUUGGAACGCUUGUUCUUCUUGCAGGGGAAAACCGGGGGCAAAGAGAACUCACUUAAUCCUGCCUUGCUUAACUUCUGAUCGGAUUUACGUGGUCAACGCCGAAGAUCCGAUGAAUUUGAAGCUGGAAAAGACAAUCUUUGCACAUCAACUUGCCGGUCUCGGCGUCUCAUUCCCGCACACUCCACACUGUAUUCCGGAUGGGAAUAUAAUGAUUGGAACGUUGGGUGAUGCUCAAGGAAAUGGGCAAGGCAAUUUUAUCUUGGUUGACGGGAAAGAUUACCAACCGAUUAGCCGAUGGUUGAAAGGAGACGAGCAGUUGCCGUUUGGGCAUGCAUUUUGGUAUCAACCUCGUCAAAACGUGAUGAUAUCGACAGAAUGGGGAGGGCCGAACACGGUUAAGAAUGGCUUUAAUCCGAUGGAUGUGGCUUUAGGUAAAUACAGUCGCAGUGUCAACGUGUUCAACUGGGCGACCAGAGAAAAAGUGCAGACUAUCAAGUUAGGAUUGCCGGAGGGAUCGAUGCCGUUUGAGAUCCGUUUCCCACACGACCCAAAUCGGCUGGACGCGUUUUUCUGUACCGCCCUUGGGUCCUCAAUUUAUCGCAUGACUCCGAAGGAAAAGGGCUCUCUUCAAUACGAAGCAACUUGCCUCAUAAAAAUCCCACUAUUGAGCGUCUCCAAUUGGGACCUCCCACUAAUGCCUGCGUUUGUCACGGAUUUACUUUUGAGCAUGGAUGAUCGAUUCCUCUAUUUCACAACUUACCUCCACGGAGCCGUUCGACAGUAUGAUAUUAGCGAUCCGGAAAAUCCAAAACUGACCGGACAGAUUUUCCUUGCCGGAUUGGUGCAAAAUGACAGUGAAGUCAAGGUGAAAUCGGAUGAUUUUACACCCCCACCCCCUGUUUUCAUCAAAGGCAAACGAAUCAUUGGCGGGCCGCACAUGCUUCAACUGAGCUUGGAUGGAAAACGGCUCUACGUUUCUCUAUCACUUUACAAACCCUGGGACCGUCAAUUCCACCCAAAACUGCUCGAAGAAGGUGCCUGUAUGGUCCAAAUUGACGUGGAUCAUGUGAAUGGUGGCAUGACGUUGAAUGAGAAUUUUCUCGUGGAUUUUGGAAAGGUGGACGGAGGCCCGUAUCGAGCACACGAAAUGCGCUACCCCGGAGGCGAUUGUACUUCAGAUGUUUGGGCU